AUGAUAAUUGUGCCGGAUAGUAAUCCACAAUCACUGGUGAUCAUGUCCAGAAAUGAACAUAAACACGAACAAAAAGAACGCAAUCCUACAACACGUUUACCAUCACCCAUUCGGAAAUCGGUGUCAACAUAUGUUAAAUAUGGAUUAUCACAAACACAAAUUAAGUCAUCAUUAGGUCAAGAUCAUCCAAAUGCUCCAAUAACUCACAAAAGAACAGUGGAUGACGUGUUCAAUCGUAAUAUUGAUUUACUAAUGCAAAAAUGGAAUGCCACUCCAACAACGAAGAAAUUUUCGGAUUACUUCGCUGAUCAAUGGAUAGCAAAAUUACUCUAUUGGUAUGAGGGUGCUGCGUUUGGUAAACAAUCGAUGAAUGCCAUUAUAAAACAAAAGUAUACACUCCGUAAUAAGUUACAUUUAUCGGCGUUUCUACCAAAAAUGGAACAAAUGUUUGUUAACGGACUGGUCGUCCGAAAGGUUCGUACGGCUUUGUUGGCAUAUAGUUAG